UGCGAUGAUUUAGAUCCGAGUUCCUUCAUUUCACCGACUGAUGCGCAGAGUUACAACAUCUCUGAAGAAAACAAUCAUACGGACAUUGAAAUGAAUGAAAGGAUAAACGUAAAAUAAUAAUUAUAUUAUAAUAACUCGAUUUCUUCGCCGAGGAAAAUGACUUGAAAACUGGACUACUUCGAAAAACUAUUUCUUCACCAUCGUGGAGUUUUUCCUUUAACAUGGAACUUAACGAAGAUAUCAAAUACUCUAUUAUUUGCGUUUCUGUCUCGAUUGGAGCGCGUGUGGAGAUGGUGAACCUUUUACGCGUUAUGUGAUGCGCGCUCUGGAGAUGCGCGGACGCAAAUAACCACUUGAACUUUUUGUUUUAAAACAUUUUUACGUACAAAUUGACAAGCUUGGCGUUUGUUGUCAUCUAAAUACUUCUACACUUGUCUUUAGAUGAUUAAUAUAUUGAUUAUUUUGACGCGUCAGGUGCCAUCAAGCAUCAGAAGGCUCGAGAUGUGCUUUGUUGUACACUUUUACUAACUAACUAACUGUAAGCAAAAACUUAUCAAUUAAUCUUUUUUGAAAAUAUAUAUUUCAUCUAAAGCACUUUAUUAUUUUGUUGCGCACAUUUCUUUUUUUAUAGUCAGUUCCGUUAUCUUAGGACAUUGGUGGGCUGUACCACCUAUUUCAUACGUCCGAGUUAUAUAUUUUAAGCUCUUGUUUUUUCCUUGUGAGGUUUACUAAGACAACACCUUGAUAAUGCCAUUCUGUGCCAUAACCAGACUUUAUACUUUGUCUUGGCGAUUUUCUGAAAGGAAAAAUGUAUUUGCACAGAUUGAGCUAGUGGACAUUAACAUAAAAGCCUCUCCCAAGUCGACUGCCUUAUAAGCCUGAAACUUAAAACAACAGUGAUGGCAUCCACAGAGUGUUGGAAAAAUCUCACUGAAUGCAACAAAGGUGUCCCUCCUUACUCCCCUGAAGUUACGGCUGCGUUUGCCACCGUCAUGACGCUCAUAAUGCUCUUUACCAUCUUUGGAAACGUUCUGGUUAUCAUUGCCGUUCUUACGUGCCGUUCUUUGCGAGGGCCACAGAACCUUUUCCUGGUCUCCCUGGCAGCAGCGGACAUCCUGGUGGCCACCUUAAUCAUCCCGUUUACCCUGGCCAAAGAACUCAUGGGCUACUGGUACUUCGAAUCGGUUUGGUGUGAGAUCAUCUUGGCACUGGAUGUGCUCUUCUGCACCUCCUCCAUCAUGCACCUGUGCGCCAUCAGCUUGGACCGAUAUCUUUCCGUCUCCCGGCCGAUGCAGUACGGCCCCCAACGCACCCCCUGCAAGAUCAAAUGCGCCAUUGUGGUGGUGUGGCUCAUCGCGGCGGUCAUCUCUUUCCCCCCGCUGGUCUCCAUGAACAAAUCCCAGGAGCCCAAAGAAGGAGGCAACCCACAGUGCGAACUCAACGACGAGGCGUGGUACAUCCUCUACUCCUCCAUCGGGUCGUUUUUUGCACCUUGUCUCAUCAUGAUCCUGGUUUACGUUCGCAUCUAUCAGAUCGCUAAGAAGCACACACGAUGUCCUCCAGGAGAGCCCAGAAAGGAUGGAGCGGGUGCCAUUCCACAGGGAGAUGUCCAAAGAGGGGCAUGGGAGAAUGGCAAAGAAGGGAAAGCGAAUUCACCCAAUCUAGCUGCCCCAUCUUCCAGCCGGCCAGCUUUCAGAACCGACACGGCCGUGUGCCAGCCUCACCAAAACCAGGUGAUAAAACACUCAGGUGGGCAGAAGGACAACAACAACGAGGAGAGUUCAAGCUCUGGCUCAGACCUGGAUGUCGAGAGGGGACAUGAUGAUGCUAACGGGACGACUUCCAAUGUUGGGGCCCACCAAACCUCCUCACCAACCCAGACGUACAGGACCGUAAUCGCCACAUCGCAGGGUAGCCAGUUGGCAUCUAACUUGAAACCAGCAGCGACGCCAAACACAAGGAAAAAGGCCAUGAUCAUUCGGGAGAAGCGCUUCACCUUCGUUCUCGCCGUCGUCAUCGGAGGUUUUGUCAUUUGCUGGUUUCCGUUUUUUUUCUCAUACAGCUUACAGGCUGUUUGUCCAGUGGCCUGUAAACUGCCCGAACCCCUGUUUAAAUUCUUCUUCUGGAUUGGAUACGGCAAUAGCGCCCUGAACCCGCUCAUCUAUACCAUCUUUAAUAGGGACUUUCGAAAAGCCUUUAAGAAGAUUUUGACCGAAGGGUGUAAGGGUUGUUCAUUUUGAAUGAAACAAUAUAGUUCUUUUAAAAGAAAGAAAUCAUUUUUUUCAACCUGACAAUGUUUUUAUGACAUUUAAGCAACCCUUUAAUCCAUAUUGUCAUUACUGUAAUGUGUCCCGCAAUGUAUUGUAAAAUAUUAAUGAUUUAGGUUAUGUAUAGCCUGUUUGCAUCUUUAUAUUUUGGUGAAAAAUAAGACCUAGUCAUGGUGUUGAUAUUCAAAAUAUUUCUCAGACAAUGAAGAAUUUACCCAAAACUAUUUUGCAGGAUUGUUCCCAAAGCAUUAAAGACUCUUUCUUAACAGAACCGAACACUUUUACUUUAUGCAUUUUAUCAAACACGAAGCUCAUCGGUCUCUCCGGGUUAUUUGUUUUGUACUUUCAAAGACCAUGCGACUGUUUUUGGAUGCACCUUUGGAUUUGUGGCAUUGUGAGAUCACAGGAGAUUUCUGAGAGCUUCACUUUAUCUCUGGGGAAGAGCCGGGAGCUCUUAAAGCCCAAGAGGAGCGUUUCCGUCUCUUGGGAGGAAUGGAUAAAGGAAACGUAUAGAGCAUGAUAAAUGGCUCUGUCUUGUUUUAAAAUACUCUGUACUUCCUCUGCUUGGAUUUAAAGCAUGGCUUUAUC